UUCACCUCCUCCUACCCUUGGCUUUGAGCCCAGCCAUUCCCAUAACUACACUUGGCUUUGUCUCCAAGUAGUCUUCUCUGAGCUCUGGAACCCAGGGAAGCCCAGCGCCUUCCAAUCAGGCAUGAUGGGGACACUGAUGCCUGUCCUGCUCUCCCUGCUGCUCCUUCUGGGUCCUUCAUAUCCCCAGGAGACCCAAACCCGGCCUUACUCUCUGACCUUUCUCUACACCGGGCUGUCCAAGCCCAGUGAAGGCUUCCCCAGGUUUCAGGCCAUUGCCUACCUCAAUGACCAGGCCUUCUUCCACUACAACAGUGAAGGCAGGAAGGCUGAGCCCCUGAAACCCUGGAGCCAGUUGGAAGGAAUGGAGGACUGGGAGAAGGAGAGCCAACUUCAGAAGGCCAGGGAGGAAAUCUUCAUGGUGACCCUGAACGACAUCAUGGACUAUUACGAGGACAGAGAAGGGUCUCACACCUUUCAGGGAAUGUUUGGUUGUGAGCUUCGGAAUAACAAAAGCAGUGGAGCAUUCUGGAGGUACGCCUAUGAUGGACAAGACUUCAUCGAGUUCAACAAAGAAAUUCCAGCCUGGGUCCCCUUGGACCCAGCAGCCCAGAACACCAAGCAGAAGUGGGAGGCAGAAAAAGUGUAUGUGAAGCGGGCCAAGGCCUACCUGGAGGAGGAGUGCCCAGGAAUGCUGCAGCGGUACCUGAAACACAGCAAGACUUACCUGGACCAACAAGAUCCUCCCUCUGUGUCAGUCACCAGCCACAUUGCCCAGGGUGAAAAAAGGACACUCAAGUGCCUGGCCUAUGACUUCUACCCACGAGGAAUUGGUCUGCGCUGGACUCGGGCCAGUGAAGUGCAGGGAUCUGAGUCAGGGGGAGAUGUUCUUCCCAGUGGAAAUGGCGCAUACCAGUCCUGGGUGGUGUUGGGAGUCCCUCCUCAAGACAGAGGAACCUACACCUGCCACGUGGAGCACAGCAGCCUGGCUCAGCCGCUCACUGUGCUGUGGGGGCUGCCCAAGGCAGUAGAAAGGGCACAGGAUGUCCUGGCACAAGUUCUGGGUUCUGGCCCAGCUAUGUCACCGCGAGACCCUGAGCAGGGGUUUACAGCCACCCAGGGUGUCCGAGCAGGCGCGGUGUGGACCCCGGCCUCUCUCGGUUCUAGGGGAACCACAGAGAUGCAAGCCCCCUCCGGGGUCCUAGAGAGGAUGCCUCGACGGAUAGAUCGCCGGCCGUACUUCCGGUCUUUGUGUGGCGGAGGGCGGCCUUUAGGGGAGGGUCGUGCUCCUCAGUUUCUUUUCCUGCCCCCGGAGCUCCCAGCGGGAAGGCGUCAGCUCACCUGGCUGCGGCCUCCGGAUCCCCAACCCCCUAAGAUACGCAGCACCAAUCUCGGUGUUUGA